AUGGCUCCCAACGCUCACGCCAACAUUCUCACUGACUCGAUCAAGCCUGAAGAACUUGAGGUCGCCAACCUCUUCGACGUCAGCGGCCGCGUUGCUAUCGUGACCGGAGGAGGUACUGGUCUUGGCCUCGUUACGGCGCAGGCGCUUGCGCAGAAUGGAGCCAAGGUCUACAUCUCCGGCCGCCGGCUCGAGGUCCUCCAGAAGGCGGCGUCGUUCAAGCCAACCAAGGGCAACGGAGAGAUCAUCGCGAUCCAGGCCGAUCUGAACAGCAAGGAGGCUAUCCUUGGUAGGCUAGUCUUAUAUGCCCAGGCAGCUAAAGCUCAGAGUUCCGGAGGAAGAUCGAGGAGAAGGAGAACAGACCACGGCGUGUACCUCUCUGACAUCUCCCUGAAGGAUGCCCCCCAGACGGCCGAGGGUCUCUCAAAGGCCGCGCUCGAGGGCGAGACUUUCGACUCCUGCAUCAACGUGACGAGUGUGCACUUCACCACGUUCGCCUUCCUCCCCCUCCUCGCUGCGGCGAGGGAGGUCGGCGGCGCCCCCGAGCCUGGAAACGUCAUCAACAUUGCCUCUAUCAGCGGCAUCACGUAUACCUCGCAGGGCGGCCAGUUCUCGUACAACUCCACCAAGGCGGCGACGGCGCACCUCUCGCGCAUGAUGGCGACCGAGUUCGUCCGCCGCGGCCUUGACAUCCGUGUCAAUGUCAUUGCGCCCGGAUACUUCCCCUCGCACGGAUGGGGACAGGAGGACCACUGGCUCGAGAAGUACGGUAUUCCCCUGCGCCGCGUCGGAAACGCUAUCGACUACGCGCAGCUGGUUAUCAGCCUUGCUGUUAACAAAUACAUCACUGGCGACGUCGUCGAGAUCGACGGCGGAUGGCUCCUUAAGCAGGAAUCGUUCCGAGUUAGACCUUUGGCAGCCACGACACGUGCACUCGCCAAGCGCGCCAAGCGUAGCACCACUAGCAGCGCCGCUAAGACGACGCUCCGUUCUAACAUCGCAGUGAUCAGCGCACAGCUGGGCAAGACGAUGGAGGCGUCGGAGGCGCUGCUGCUCCCUGUGUCCUAUCUCCUCGUUGACGCGACGCGAUGCAACGCGAUCGAAGACUUUACUCACCUUCCCCAUGACGUUCUCAUCUUCUCAACUUCCCACUCAAAAUCCAGCACAACGACGGUCAAAGACAUGAUCACGAACGGCUCGACUUCAUCUAUGCCGACGACGGGCUCCGGCACCCCUUCCACCCUCUCCCGCACCGGGACUGCCGCCGCUGGAUGCCGGUCAGGAAGCACGGUGACUAUCUCUGGUGCGUUGAGGCUCUUUCGAGAUCAAGACUGA